ACUUGUUUUAUUUUUAUAAUGUUUUAUCCAAUGAAUAAAUUUAUAUCACUUUACCGUUACCCGAAGUUAGUAAUACAGCGAAGCAGAAUUGUCCAACUUGUUUGGCCCAAACGCAAUAAUUGCUGUCCUUUACCCUUCACCUCUGUUUCUAAUACUACACAGAGCACAGAACAGAGCACAACAGAGAUGAAAGGCUCAUGGAAACUCCGAUGUGCCCUCUUGCUACUCAUCUCCGCCGUAGCCACCGCCACCGACCACAUUGUCGGUGCCAAUCGUGGGUGGAACCCUGGCCUCAACUACACUCUCUGGGCCAACAACCACACUUUCUACGUCGGCGACCUUAUCUCAUUCAGGUACCAGAAAAACCAAUACAAUGUGUUUGAGGUGAACCAAACUGGGUAUGACAACUGCACCACUGAAGGGGCGGUCGGAAAUUGGAGCAGUGGAAAGGAUUUCAUACCCCUGAACAAGGCCAAGAGAUAUUACUUCAUUUGUGGAAAUGGCCAAUGCUUCAGUGGAAUGAAGGUGUCUGUUAUUGUGCAUCCUCUUCCUCCACCUCCCACCUCUGCAAUUUCUGCUGAACAUUCAACGUCACAUUCUGCUUCUCCUCUGCUUUUCAAACGCUCUCUGUUACUGUCUUCUCUUUUCGCUUGCUUUGGAUUUCUCUUGAUGUAGCAGCUGUUGCUCAUUCUUUUCUCUUUCUUCUCCAUCGUUGUAUCUUCCUUGUUUCUUUCUGAUUCAUCCCUUUCUUUCUGAUUCUCCUAUGCUUGUUUUGUUAGUGCUGAAAUUGAACAUUUCCAAUUCUGGC